UCCAUGACUGAGAUGUUUUGUGUAUGUUCCAGUAAGACUGCAUUAAAUGUGCAUGCGUUCAUACGCAGGCUCCGCCCCCCUCUCGCGCUGCAGGUAGAGUUACGAGCGAGAAUCACCUGUCACUCGCGCUCGAGCGCACCUGUUGCAUCGUUCUAGCCUUUUGUCCUCACUUUUAAAUUUUGUUUUUACAUUUUUGUCUGUGUCAGCAAGGUCGCCUUGGCUACCCAAUUCACAUCGUGUUUGGAGCAAAGUUCACUUUUGUGAGUAAACAGAUUGAGAUGGAGUCUUGAAGAAGAGUUUACCUCAGGAGUUUGGGAAACGGGAGGAAUUAUCGGCGAACUGAAGAACGGGAUCUUAGAUUCUCUCAGCUGAAAGGGUGGAUGUCGUAGAACAUGAAUGUUUUGGGGACCCCAACAAAACCAAGCAAUGGGGUGGCCAGAUCGGACAGCAAGAUCAGUGCCAAGACCCUGUUCGAACAACGAAAGAAGUACUCAAACUCGAAUGUCAUCAUGCAAGAGACAUCGCAGUACCAUGUGCAGCAUCUCUCUACGUUCAUCAUGGAUAAAACAGAGUCCAUCACUACGGUAGAUGAUGCUAUUAAGAAGCUGAAACUGCUGGACUCCAAAGACAAAAUCUGGACUCAGGAAAUGCUGCUACAGGUGACGGACAAAUCCAUCAAACUCCUGGACUGCGAGACCAAGGAAGAGCUUGAAAACUUUCCUCUGGCCACAGUCCAUCACUGUCAGACGCUGUUGAACCAGACGAGAUACCCCUCCGUCCUUCUGCUCAUCUGUCAGGACAAUGAACAACACAAACCAGACAUUCACUUCUUCUACUGCGACGAAGUGGAGGCCGAGAUGGUGCAUGCUGACAUUGAUAGCGCUCUGGGAGACAACUCACGCGGCAAGAAGAAUCGACCGCAGACGCUAAAGUUGAACCAAGAAAAGAUGAAACGCCAACGGGAGACCAUCAUCCCGCCCUCUGAGACUAGAAGUCCUGGCCCUGGGGUCAAAGGUCGAGUAGCAGCUACGGACAUGAAAGAUGAACUGUCGAUGCAGGAUCCCGAGUCCAAUAUGAAACUGGCCCAGCGGAUCGAGAAGGACGUGCAAAUCCUGAAUUGCGCUCUAGAUGACAUCGAGAUCUUCGUGGCGCGUCUUCAUAAAGCGGCAGAGGCUUUCUCACAACUCAACCAGCGCAACAGGAGCAAGAAAAGCAAAAAGAGAGGACCGGCAGAGGGAAUGCUGACUCUACGAGCCAAGCCUCCAUCAGAAGGAGAGUUUAUCGACUGUCUUCAGAAGCUGAAACUCUCUUUCAAUCUGCUGGCCAAACUGAAGAAACACAUCCAGAACCCCAGCGCUGCAGAACUUGCACACUUCCUGUUUGGACCUUUGGAAAUGAUACUGCAGAAUAGUGGCAGUCCUGAGCUGCCGCGUGUGGUCAUCUCUCCUCACCUGUCGCGGGACACAGUGGACUUCCUGAGAGGACACCUGACUCCCAAAGAGAUGACCAUCUUUGAGCUGCUGGGAGACGGUUGGACGAGGCCCAGAGCUGAUUGGCCGAAAGAUCAGUGCGCUCCUCUGUAUGUCCCAAAGUUUCGGAACGGCUGGGAGCCGCCAGUGGAUCUGUUUCGCACGUCCCCGUGGGAGACGGAGAGCGCUGGUGUCCCGAAGUCUCCAGUGCAGUCAGAGUACAGGACAAAAGAGUUCUUUGGAUCACAGUCGUCGCUCUCUUCAAACGGGUCUUUCUCGACGUCUCCUCCUUCUCGGAAAUAUGCAAAGAUCCGCUACCACUUUGUGGCACGUAAUGCCAACGAGCUGUCAGUGCUCCAGGACGAAAUUCUGGAGGUGUUGGAGGAUGACAAGCAGUGGUGGAAGUUGAGGAACAGAAGCGGUCAGGCGGGAUACGUGCCCUAUAAUAUCCUGGAUGUGGUCAAACUCGAGGACCCUCAAGUCAUGAGUGACCCGCCCUACAGUCCAGUAACACCGUACAGUCCGCCGUACCGAGGACAGUCUCCCUCCGGCUCAAUGGGGAACGAUAAAGACGGUCACACUCAUCAGAUGGAUAAAGUGAACGAUGAGCUGCUCAUGUUGAUCACCGGUAAUAAGACGAAUCAGCCCGCGAGGAACUUCAAGGUGGUUCGUCAGUCGGCCGUCCCGCUGACCUUCGACUCCAGCCCAGCAGAGGUCUCCACCUGGCUCAACGCCAAGGGCUUCUCCAAACCGACGGUGGAGCGUUUGGGCAUCCUGACAGGAGCUCAGCUCUUCUCUCUGAAUAAAGAUCACCUGAAGGCCGUGUGUGGAGACGAGGGCUCUCGCGUCUACAGCCAGAUCACCGUCCAGAAAUCACAACUAGAGAAGAGUCGAGGAGAUUCCGAAUUGCAGGAAAUUAUGAGGAAACAGCAAGAGAAAAUUGAAUCUGGCCCAUGAAUGCGCUUUCACGGACUGUCAAUCAAACUGUCACCUGGCAACAGUGACUGUCAAGCAAACCCACCAAUGAACUUAGACGACGUAGAUUCUGCCACACCGUCGACCAAACGUCUAAUUCAAUAUAUUUUUUAAUUUGUA